GAGUGGCUGUGUAUUUGCUUCAAAGGUUACCAAACAUGAUUAAAACACUGGACUUACAUUUUACUCAAAGUCCAUACAUCCAAAAAACAGUUGAAAGGUCUCGAAUUGUAUGUGUUAGUUCACUUUUAACACAACUAAAUAUUCACACAAUCUCAGAAGGAGAGAAGAAAGAAGAGAGUUUUAUCAGAAUGGCAUGCAUAGAUAGAGCAUCCCCUGCUCUGAAUCAAAUACUGCUCAAGCUGUACCGUGCUGAGAAGCCAAUGGAGAUUGAUCACCACUUACAUGAAUUUGGGUCUGUGGAGUACCAUAUUCAGUCUGAAGCCUCUAAUCCACUAGUAGCCUACUUGUCAAUUUCAAUCCCACCUCUUUGCCAAGGAGUCCUAACAAAUGAACUUUCUCCAAACACCAUUGAAAUGGUAAAGGAACUUUGUCCUCGUGUUAUGGAAAUUGCAGAACCAGCAAGAGAACGAUAUCAGCUUACUCUGAAGCUUGACCUCAACCAGAUUCCUCAAAGCAAAGACUAUGUCAAGGUCAUUAAGGAGAUUUCCACGGUUCAAUCGGCAAUUUUGAGUUCACAGAUGAAAGAAAUACUGAGGAAUGUGAAUACUGAUGAUGCAGUUCAGGGGAUGUACAAACCCCUCAAACUAGUCUAUCAUCCAAGAGAACCAUUUUUUGUCAUCAGACAGCCACAGCGAAUCGUAGCAGUUUUCCCGAUACGUUUAAGAGAAAAGUCAGACGUGGUUAUUGCAACAGCUUUCUUUCAGGAGCUGGUGGAUGUUGGGAAUUCAGAUAAAUGGGCCAAGGCACCACCUUGCACCUGGUCAGCUAUUCCUCCACCAGAGUUGAGAGGAGAAGCUUUUGAGGAUUUGAGUACCAAUGGAGGGUUUUUCUCUUUUGAUAUCUCUUCUCGCCAUGUUGAAGGCAACAGGCUAGACAAAACAGUCUGGAAUCUGUUAAAUUUCAAUGCCUAUGUUAGGUACCAUGUAAAGAGCACCAAAGGUUUCAUUCAACGAAGGAUGAGGAAACGCUUGGAAAACUUGGUUGAGGUCCUGCACCAUACGAUCUCAGAAGAAAAGAAACAAACCCAACAACAUCAAGGAUGUAGGUAUUCAAAGAAACUAGUAAGAUCAUCAAAAUAUAGCAUCCUGAAACAAAGAUGGGGCACCUUCGGCAGAAAGUUAAAGAGGAAUUUCCGACUUAAAAUUCAUGGUUUUACACGAUUUCGUCAAAGAUGGUUAAGGUUCCCAAAAUUUUCAUCACGAUAUACAAAAUUGGACUAGUUUUUUGUUCUUUCUGAAGCCAUUGUUUCUUUGUGUAAUAUAUGGACUUCAAGGCUUCAACUUUGGGGGAUUGGCCUGGAAGAUCCUCACUGCACUAUUUUAUCAUGUAUAUUGUAUAACUAUGAAAUUUAUGAUUUUCAACUACUUGAUUAUAAGCAAAAGGGACAGUUUAAAAAUAUUGUGAUGGUGUAAGUGUUAAGUCAAUGCCAAACUAUCAUAGUUAAAUGUUUUACUAGUAUGUUUGACAAAAGAUAGUUAAAUACUUCGAAGAGGGAUUCCAUCUAAAUGUUUAUUUGGUUGGAGUAUCAAACAGAAAGUACAAGAUGGAAGAGUGAAAUGCUACAACAGAUCUCUUACCUCACUUUCAAGAUUUAAUUACUGUCA